AUGUUGGCUCCGUGCCGCGGCGCAGUCUCGGCAACGUGUGUGACGGACGCGACUUGUCGGUCGGCCUUGAUGAGCAAUCAUGACCCCGAACGCGACCCUACGACGCCCUUGGACAGACCCCUCAAUGCGGCGCCGCACGUCGGGCGGGACCUAAGUCACCUACCAACCACGGCAAGCAUCGUGGAGGCAACUGCCCGUGGGGGAUUGACACCGGGCUCGCUGCCUCAGCGCAGGCCCCCCGGCUGCGAUUGGACCUGUCGUCGUCUUUGCUGGUAG